CAUCAAUAUUAUUACCGUUAACCAUUUCUGUUCCUCUUGUGUGUUUUUGUUUCAAAAGUGAUGUCAUCGUCUACAAGAGCUAAUCCUACAAGACCAAAUAAUGCAAGGAAGCGUGUUCCCAAAGCUUGUGUAAGAUGUCGAGAUCAAAAGAUCAGAUGUUCUGGAUCGCAGCCAUGUCAGCAAUGCGAUAAGAGGGGGUCAGUGUGUCAAUUCGAUGAUGAAUCUCGCAAAGUUGUAGUUUCGAGAGGGUAUAUCAACCGCCUCCAAGAGAGGUUGGCGGCCUUAGAGAACAAUUCAGAGCAACACUCUCUCCUUGAAGCUACAGCUGGCCGGUCAAGGAGUCCCGAUUUGAGUGAUCGUAUACCACUAUCUACUAAGAGCAACGAGAUCUCAGAACAAGUGAUAAAGACUUCAACUUCAAUUUCUCCUUAUGGAAUAACCGAAGCACAAAAUCAACAGCCUAAUGGCGAAGGCAAAGCUCCUCUCACAAACCCUUUAGCCUUCCACACGUAUGACUUUGUUCCAAGCGUCACAGGCCACAUCCUUUUCAUGGGAACAUCAUCCAAUUGGUCCUUCAACAAGAGAGUCUUGACCAUGACACACGAACGCGUCAAGGGCCGUCCACUAUCAAUGCACAAUUUGCACUUUGCUGGCACUGAGGGAAAGGUCUUCGAUCUGAGGUGGGAUGGGACUAGAAAGCUUACAGCCCCGGACAUUCCCGACAUGUCUGCCCUGCCAACUAAAGACUUUGCUCUAUAUCUCAUCAACUCGGUCAAGUUUCACUGUGGUUGGCUGUACAGCCUAUUCGAUGAGGACAUCUUCAUGGAACGCUUCCGUCUGUUCCAUGAGAACCCUUCUGAAUAUGCGCGUGCAGAACCUUUGUGGUUCGUUCACUACCUUCUUGUCCUGGCAUUUGGAAAGGCUUUUGUGGUCCAGUCAACCAAGUCAAGACGGCCUCCUGGUGGUGACUUCUUCAUACAAGCCAUGAAGCUCAUGCCCGACUUCAAUUUCUUUGAUUGUGAUAUUAUAGAAGAGAUGCAGGUUCUCUGCUGCGCUGCUCUAUAUCUGCAAUCUGUGGAUCACAUACAACAGGCAUAUCGUCUGGUCUGCUCCGCACUUCGUCAUGGCCUAGAACACGGUAUACAUACCGAGAUGCAAUCCAAUUCUCUUGACGCAGCUUAUGUACAGAGAAGCCGACACAUGUUCUGGACACUCUACAUUCUCGAACGCCAGCUGAUCUCGCUUCUGGGACUUCCGCUGAGUAUAGCCGACGAGACGAUAAGCGCACGCUUUCCCGACUUCCCAGGACAGCCGCAAAAGCUAGAGGCUCUGAAGAUACAUGUUGACUUCUGCAGGGUUCUUGCAAAGAUAAACCAAACCGUUUAUGGACUCGAGGGGAAGCUCGACUGUCGGUACCUCGGUGCUACCCAGUCCGUACUCAAGAGCAUUGCUACCGUGACAGAACGAUUGAACAAGUCCUUUGAGAUUCAGGCAAGCGAGGGGAUGGCUGGCAUAUCACGAAUAUCAGCACAUCUCCAUUUAAUGCAACACCAAGUAAGCUCGUCCGUCUCCCUCUGACUGCCAACUUCUAACAGAACAAGUGCAUCAUUCUCACUACGAGACCACUUCUUUACACCUUCCUGCUUUCCAGACUUGGUCACUUAGAGGUAGCUUUGAUGCAUUGGCUACAAUCAGAGAGUGUGAAAGGGCUAGUCCAGAUGUGCACCGAGUCUGCUCAGCAGAUUUUGAGGAUCCUCUCCAGUCUUUCUGAGCAAGGGCUUUUAGAAACAUUCCUGAGGUUCGAUCAGGACGCCGCUUUUACUGCUACAAUCGCACUGCUCAUGGCCGCUGCGAUUGACUCAUCGCUACUACCAGACCACACUCCCUGGACGCAACGCGCCUACGGCCUCUUCGACGAGAUGAACUCGAGAGGCAAUCUCGUAGCCAACAUGGUGGCAGCUGAACUGAAGCAACUCGAAGACUUACUCAAAGGCUUCCUCACCAGCAAUGACUCGAGACCUGUGGUUGCGACACAGGGUUCAAACACGCCUCGACAGGGUUUUAUGAAUGACAUAGACAAUAGCACAGGCUCUGUCACUGAUUAUACCGAGCCAUUUAGUCUCGAGUCGGAUGAUGACUUUGGAUUGGGGCUGAACUAUGAGCUUAGUGCGGAACAGCUGUUGAAUAUUGCUAAUUCCCUGGAUAUUGAUAGCUUGACAUGGCCGUGGCCGGAGGAUCCGAUGGCUGAGGAUGUGGAUGGGGCAUGAGUAUCUAAAAGCACAAUUUUAAUACAAACAGUAUAAUUGAGAUUCAUCAUUGG